AUGGAUGUUGUGGAUAAGGUGUCUUUUGUCAACAAAAUUAGUAUGUUGCUGAAAGCCACAUCUGAUGAUGACAACCCAAUUCCAGGAUAUCUUUAUGAUGAUGUUAACAAAAUCAGCUAUGAAUCCCCUGGAUACUGCAUCAGUUUGCUUGAAUUUCUGGUUAGUCAGUUGGAGAAAAGAUCCUAUCAUACAAAACUCAAGGUUUUAAAAUUGAUGACAUAUGUUGUAGAAAAAGGUCAUCAAGAUUUCAGACAGGGUCUAAGACGACAAGCCACUGGAAUAAAGGAAGCAACAAAGUUCAGUGGCCCACCUGAUCCCCUCCAUGGUAACGUUCCUUACCUAAUGGUUAGACAAACAGCUCAGAGUCUUUCUGAAAUUUUAUUUGAUGCCGAACGCAAAAUGGAAUCCCAAACUGACCAAAAGAAAUAUUCUUCAAAUUCAGCUUCAACAGGAAUGGGUAAUAUUCAGGGGAAAGGUAAAAUGGAAGGCUUUGGAAAUUCUCCUCAGCACCAGCCAAAAACAACAGGCCAACUUUUAAGGGACAGUCUUGGGAAUUUUUUGGAUAAACUGACUGAAUCUCCACAGUCCAACCAAACCUUUCUGACCGAUGCACACAAACUAAGCAACAAUUUUGCUCCCGUGAAACUUGAUCAGAAAACAGAGAUUGAUAUGUUAGCACAAAAUUUCACCGAUUCUCUUCCAUGUGUGACAGUGCCACAUGUUCCUGGCAAAGCAGGAGGUGGUUGGGAUGAUGAUGUUCAAUCACUUCGUUUGUCUUCAUCACACAUAUCAGCCAAUAAAGAUCACCUGAGCAGUACAGAGUUUGUAGAUGACAGGCCUGACUCUGAAGAAUACAGUUUGCCUGACUGGAGUGAAGAGGAUCAAUUGGUGAGUGAGCUGAUACAGAAUCCUCGUCAGAUCCCUUCACGAACGGAUCUAGAAACAUUCAACACCAAAUGCAGCUGUCUUAACUGUGAUAAAAUUCUUGAGUUGAUUAACCACCAUUUACAGACAGAUGCACCAAAACAUUCUCAAUUGAUGUGCCUCUUCAUGUUAGAAUGGCUGUGUCGAACAGACUUUGUCAAUCUGAAUCUUAUGGCUUCUCUCAGUAAAGAUAACCUGCUCAAUAUCUACAACAGCAUCUCAAGCAACGAUAACUUGAAUGCGGAUCCUACCAAUGAGAUGCUGAUCAAAUCCAAGACCCGAAAAAUAAUCCGUACACUAGAAAAAUUAACUUCUUAUAAAAACAUUCUUCCACUGAACCAAAUGUCAGACAAAUUAACUCCCAAUGACAGUGACCCUUUGAAAGAGACCACCUUCAGUAUCAACUUAUCACAGGUCACUCUCCCUAACAUUUACUCUGAGGAAGCGGAAAAGGAAAACAUGUUAGAAGGCAGCAUGAGCAAAUCUGUGUUUGAUUUUAUUCGAAUGGAAGAAGAGAAAUUUGAAGCAGAGAAAUCGGCAAAAACAAAUCCUGAAGCCAUGAGUCCCUCAGGAACAAAACAAUACUCACCGCACAGUCCGAGUUUAAGUCUUUACUCCAGAAUAGACCCAGAGUUGAGUGAUGCUUCUUCACAACCAUCAGCUGGCUCAGAAUUCUCAUUACUGAAUGAGGAUUCGCUUGAAACAAACGAAAACUAA